CACUUGAAACACGGAGAGAGGAAUCUCUAUCUCUCUAGAGAAACCGUCUUCACUUUCACUGUCUGCAACUUGCAUAAAAAGAACAUCUUCUUCUCCCAUUUUAGAUUCUUGUCUGAGAAACUUUCCCACCUCAAGAUGCCGAUCAACAAAGACCCAUCAACACCUCCGCCUGUCAUCGGCAAAAUCGGUCCUUACACUGUCUUCAUGACUCCUCCGGCCACUCCAAAACCACCUGAAUCUCCUUCCACUGUCCCUCAGAAACCCAACCUUCAACCACCGGUUCUUCCACCGCCGCAGCAGUUUAAAUCGGUGGCUUCCUCUGCACAGGACGGCUCGGUUUUGGGGUUCUUCAAAAACGCCGCCACAAAGGUUCAAAAUGCACAUUCAAGCGUGGAUGAUCAUUUGGUGAGAUGGUUUGGGUUAAACCAAUCUAAGUACCAAUGGGCUUUAGACGAGUACUACGAAGGCAAAGGAUCUGAAAUGAAGAGCGUGAAAUCAAAUGAGAUGCCUGGGAAAGUACAAAGCGUAUAAGCAACCAUAUAAAUCCACUUCCUCUCCCUUUGGCCAAUCUCCAAAGAAGAAAGAUCUGUUUUCUUCAGAUGAUCAGUCGUUGAUUCCAUUUAACCUUAGAGAUCUGUUUUGGUAUGUAGCUCUUUGUAGUGUUUAUUUAACAAUGGUUAAAAUCUCCAAAGGAAAAUGGAGAUGCAUUGAUCAUUCGGUUUGCUGUAAGUUUUAAUCACAUAAUUUAUUUCAAAUCUUAUCAUAUGUAUGUUAUUAUGUCUCAAUUCAAACAAUUAUUAUUAUUUUC